CGCUGAUUAACUAAAUUAAUACUAAAGAUGUAAUGUCAAAUCAUGUUCAUUGAUUCCUUCAACUUUUUAUUCUCAAGUUAGUCGCAUAACCUAUAAAUGUGUCAAGUAUCAUGGCUUCAUGGAUCACAGUGACACCGCGGCUCGAACGAGGUUUAAAAAUAGCAAAUCAGGUAGACAACAGUAAAUUCCGCUUACUAAUUAAUCGUAUUUGUCAGACGCUUCAGUCUGCUAUUGAUACAAAAAUAUUCAGUGAAGAAGAAGAGGAAAAACUAUUGGUUUCCUUGGAUUUGAAUAAGGAUGAUCUAACUUGCCUUUUAGAUGCGAUAAUAUUAAUUUACAAACAAGCUACUUGCAAUAUUGUAAAACCACAAUUGAUGGAAAACACUUUGAAGGACACUUUUAAAACGGAUGAUGAGAAAAUUCAGAUAUUUUUAAAUGCAUGGAUUACAUAUAGUAAAGGAAUAAUCGAUCAUUUUAGACAGAUGUCUAUAUUUCCUGUUCAGGUUAAAGACAUUGAUUGGUGUUUAAAUAUUCAAGCUGCAUCUUCCUCUAUUAAAAAAGACGCGCGGCCAAUGUCAUUAUUGCAGUUGAAUUUGACAGGAGAAGAGGAAUCAAAAUUAACAGUGGAAUUCGAUAAGAAAGAACUCAUAGAUCUGUAUCAUAAUCUAGAGAAAAUACAGUCACAAUUGGACGCUUUUAAAUAGUAUUUAGUUACUACUACUGCUACUACGCUCACACACACACAUUAUAUAUAUAUAUACAUAUAUAGUUAUUGUAAAAAAGGUUUAUAUUAUAUAAAAUAUAUUUUCUAACUUUUUACGUUUA